AUGUCGUGGAAGGCCUCCGAGCGCUUGAUGGAUACGAUCAGGCACUAUGCCAAGUUCCCGGCCACCGGUGUGAGCCUGCGCCAAAUGGUGCAGUUCGGAGAGAAGCCAUCCGUCGGUACUCUCUUCCGAGCCUCUCAAUUCCUUGCCGAGGAACUGCCCAUCCGAUUGGCGCACCGCGUCCAAGAGCUAGACGACUUGCCCGAUGGACUGAACGAAAUGCCGUCUGUGAACAAGGUGAAGGAAUGGUACGCGCAGUCAUUUGAGGAAAUCACACAGCUACCUCGGCCCGAUCUUUCGAAAGACGUACGCUCUCGCCUCAUGAAGCCUGGGAGGGCUCAUGGUCGAUCCAUGUUUAAGCUAUCCGAAGCCACCCCGAACCCUUCCAUCAUCGAGGGCGACGGCUCUGGUUGGGGCGGCCUCCAGGCUGGUGGCAAUGGCAAUGGCAAGAGCAGAUCCUAUGCCCGACGCUAUUUCGCCAUGGUGGAUGACAACGGUGACUGGCCGGCAGAGCUCCAGCUCUACAACCAGCGGUUUGCACAGACCUUGCACAAAAUUAAGAGAAGACACGAUAGCGUGGUCACGACCAUGGCCCAAGGUAUCCUCGAAUAUAAGCGCCGCCGACAACGCAUGCAGAUCGAUGACACCAUCCAGUCAUUUUUGGACCGGUUCUACAUGUCUCGAAUCGGCAUUCGAAUGCUAAUAGGCCAACACAUUGCAUUGACGGACCAAAGCCAUCACCGCGACCCUACAUAUGUCGGCGUUAUCUGCACGAAAACGAAUGUGCAGGAUCUUGCCCAGGAGGCAAUUGAAAAUGCCAGAUUCGUUUGUGAGGACCACUACGGCCUAUUUGAAGCCCCACGGAUCCAGCUUGUUUGUAACCCUGACCUGAACUUCAUGUAUGUCCCUGGCCAUCUGUCACACAUGCUAUUCGAAACCCUCAAGAAUUCACUUCGCGCUGUGGUUGAGACGCACGGGAUGGACAAGCAGGAGUUCCCCGUCACCAAGGUCAUUGUUGCAGAAGGCAAGGAAGAUAUCACGAUCAAAGUCACAGACGAAGGCGGCGGUAUCCCGCGCAGCGCCAUCCCGCUCGUUUGGACGUAUAUGUACACAACCGUGGACCGAACCCCGAAUCUGGACCCUGAUUUCGACAAGAGCGACUUCAAGGCUCCAAUGGCUGGUUUUGGUUACGGUCUACCUAUUUCGCGAUUGUACGCCAGGUAUUUUGGUGGAGAUUUGAAACUAAUUAGCAUGGAAGGAUAUGGAACCGAUGUGUACUUGCAUCUCAACCGGUUGUCGUCCUCUUCAGAACCUUUACAAUAG